AAGGUGGCGGAGCCGCCGCCGGCCGGGUCGCGGGAACCGAGAGGCGGGGGCAGGGGCGGGGGCGGCGUCGCCGCGGUGCUGUCCCCGCGAGGCCGCGGAGGGCGCCGUGGGCCGGCCGCCGCUCUGAGCAGCGCGUCCCGGACGGCGUGCGGGCGCGGGGCGACGGCGGCCCCGCAGCGACAUGUGACCAUGGACCGCAGGACCAGGGAAAAUCCAGAAAGAACUUUUGACUUGGUAUUGAAAGUGAAGUGUCAUGCCUCUGAAAAUGAAGAUCCUGUGGUAUUGUGGAAAUUCCCAGAGGACUUUGGAGACCAGGAAGUUCUGCAGAGCGUGCCCAAGUUCUGUUUUCCCUUCGAUGUGGAAAGGGUGUCUCAGAAUCAAAUUGGACAGCACUUUACCUUCGUCCUGACAGACAUGGAAAGUACGCAGCGGUUUGGGUUCUGUAGGCUCACGUCUGGAGGCAGGAGUUGUCUGUGUAUUCUUAGUUACUUGCCAUGGUUUGAAGUAUAUUAUAAACUUCUAAAUACUCUGGCAGAUUACUUGGCCAAGGAACUGGAAGAGGAUUUGAAUGAAACUCUUAAAUCACUCUAUAACCACCCAGUACCAAAGGCAAACACUCCUGUCAACUUGAGUGUGAACCAAGAGCUCUUUAUUGCCAGUGAGCAAGUUCUGAAAGAUGACCCCUCACUAAUGCCGCACUCCUGUUUCAUCACACCUGACAUAACUGGACUCCCAACGAUACCCGAGAGUAGAAACCUGACGGAGUACUUUGUUGCUGUGGAUGUGAACAAUAUGCUGCGACUGUACGCCAGCAUGCUGCACGAGAGACGCAUCAUUAUUACCUCGAGCAAAUUAAGCACUUUAACUGCCUGUAUCCACGGAUCCGCUGCUCUGCUCUACCCGAUGUACUGGCAACACAUAUAUAUCCCUGUGCUUCCUCCACACCUGCUGGACUACUGCUGUGCCCCAAUGCCAUACCUGAUUGGAAUACACUCCAGUCUCAUAGAGAGAGUGAAAAGCAAAUCAUUGGAAGAUGUGGUUGUGUUAAAUGUUGACACAAACACGUUAGACUCACCGUUUAAUGACCUGAACAGCCUGCCCAGUGAUGUGGUCUCGGCCUUGAAAAAUAAGCUGAAGAAGCAGUCCACUGCUACGGGAGAUGGAGUGGCUCGGGCCUUUCUGAGGGCACAGGCAGCUUUGUUUGGCUCCUACAGAGACGCUCUGAGAUACAAGCCUGGCGAGCCCAUCACCUUCUGUGAGGAGAGCUUUGUAAAACACCGCUCCAGUGUGAUGAAACAGUUCCUGGAGACUGCGGUUAACCUCCAGCUCUUUAAGCAGUUUAUUGAUGGUCGACUGGCAAAGCUUAAUGCAGGAAGAGGUUUCUCUGAUAUAUUCGAAGAAGAGAUAACUUCGGGUGGCUUCUGUGGAGGGAGCCCGCGGUCAUAUCAGCAGUGGGUGUAUACAGUCAAGAAAGGAGGUGCACUGUUCAACACAGCAGUGACCAAAGCUACUCCUGCUAUGCGGACGGCGUACAAAUUUGCAAAGAGUCACGCCAGACUGGGACUGAGGGAGGUGAAGAGCAGGCUGAAGCACAAGGACAAUGAGGAAGAUUAUGGGACCUGUUCUGGCUUGGUACAGUACACACCAGUUUACACAUCACACAGUGAGAAAGGAGAGAGCAGAGAGAAGCAGAAGUUUUCCCAGGCACCGUUGAGAAGGCGUCAUCAGAGCCGUGAUGGUGCCCUGUAUGAUGAGGACGAUGACACUGAUCGGGCAAGCAAGAUAUCUUCUGAGGAUGGGGAAGAAACGUGUGCUUAUUUCUACGAGAGCGACGACUCUGUCGAAGCACAGGUGAAGGCUCCUUACUCGGGUGAGAUGGACUUACUGGGCGAGAUCCUGGACACCCUGAGCACACACAGCUCUGACCAAGGAAAGCUGGCCCCAGCAAAGAGCCUGGAUUUCUUCAGAUCCAUGGAUGACAUUGACUACAAACCUGCGAACAAGUCCAGCGCUCCCAGUGAGAAUGAUUUGGCCCUACUGUGUGCGUCUGGAGACCAGGGGGAGUGGCAUCUCGGGCAGGAUGACAGCGCCCUCCAUGGCAAGCACCUGCCUCCGUCCCCCAGGAAACGGGUUUCCUCCAGUGGGUUGACAGAUUCUCUGUUUAUCCUGAAAGAGGAGAACAGUGAGAGGCCCCUCUGUGCUGACAGUGUAAGUGGCCCUACUGUAGUGGCAACGCCAGGGUUGGGUUUCCAGCCAGCUACCCCUGAAGCUUUCCAAACACACAAAGGAACAGCAGAAGUGAAGCAAACACUAAGUCAGGCUUCAGAGGAUCUGCUGGUACCUGGCCCCGGGAGCCGCCAGUCCACUUUUGUCCCCUGGGAGAAAGCUGGGAAAGAGGAGAAGCCUUCAAAAGACGUUGGACUGCUCCAAGAAGUAGUGUCAUUGUGUCACAUGUCAUGUGACUUCCAACAAGGUUUAAACAUUUCAGAAGAAAGCAGAAAUGAAAACCAAACCUAAGGAACCAGUAGUGGGUCAGUUGCUCGCCUCUUGGCUUCUCCAGAGACAUGUGGAAUUACUUCCCUGUGAUGGGAACAGUAAAGAGAGUCACUGAUAGGAAUGACAACCCUUCGUGCUGUCUGUCUCGUUGGUUUUCCCUGUUGUUCAUCUCAUGGAUCUAUAUUACCCAUUGGUUUCCCGCAUAAAAUGAAUUCUACUGUGCUGUUAAAUCAGGUACUAAUUUGUACAUAGGCUGAAAGUGUGUUAUGAAGUUAAGCUUUCCCAGUAUUUGGUGCUUAAUGCUGUUCGUUUUAUUUAAACUAAGUGCAUAUAUAACCCCUACAUACCGCCAGUAGUUACCGUACUAAUCUGGCUGAGCAUGAACUGAUCAAGAUGUCAAAAACUGAUCAAAAAUAGCCUGAUACUGAUGAAACUGUUAACCCACUAAUUGCCUUAAUCUUCCAGUUAUGUUAAGCAUACAGAAAACAUGCGAUACUACAUACAAAGCUUGACAGAGGAGUUAUCUUGCCCUGCAGAGCAAUAAUGCCUUUUUCUAUCAUGAAUUAAGCUUACCAUUCUUUUCAAGAUUAAAUGCACUCUAACAGAAAUAAUUUGCUUUUUAUAAAGACAUGUAGCCAUGUUUUCCAAACAACGUGAAUGUGUAUAUUUUCCUUUUAGUGAACUAUAAUAAGUGCUGAAUUACAAUGUGAAGUUAAAAGCUUCUGCUUACCACGAAGCCCUUCAGACAAUGUUCGAUCUCCUGUACAUGUUAACUAUGGUCCACCUCCAGAAAGCCAAAUGCCCUGCAGAGUCCAGAUAGGCUGUUGUUCUGCUCUUCCUGUAACUGACAUGCUGUGAAGAUGCUCAUAGCCUUAUUGUGUGUUUGCUUUUUUAAAGAAUUAACUUUGUAUUUUAAAUGUUCUAGAUUUAUAGCAAAAUGCAAAGAUGGUACUGAGUUCCCAUCUGCCCUGGAUCCCGUCUCUGCUGUUGUCAGCAUCCUGUUAGAAGGUGCUGCAUUUGCCAUAUCAUUGACCCACCACAUGGUAUUCAGAGCUCUGGCUGUUCCCUGCUGUCCCCUCUCUGUCCCCUUAUCACCUUAGAGUUCUAGAUUGUGUUCUGUGAUCAUGUCCGCCGAGGCUCUCCUCACCCUGUCACUUCACUUCUUAGUUGUGGUGGCCUUGAAGUCUUCAGGAGUAUGGAUCAGCUGUCCAGCUCCUGGACUGUAUAUAAUACUGUCCUCAUUAUUACACUGAGAUGAUUUCGGUUUGAGGGAGACGAUCACAGAAGAAAAGUGCCCUUGUCAGUGUGUGAAGGGGUGUGUUGCAAGCAUGUGCCAUGCUGUGUUGACUUUGAGCACCUGCUGGGUCCUCCGCUCUGAAUGUGUCCCCAUACCUGUUCUGUGCAUGCAAGCAGGAGGAAUGGAGGGAAGGGAGAGAGGAAGGGCAGGCACAAUAGGGUUCUUUAGGACAGACAAGUAUAGGAACACAUCGCUUGUAAUUCUUUGUGGAUCCUGCCUCCAUCAGAAUUACUGUUUAGCUUUGGAGUACAUCUGAAAGCACAUGCAGACCCCUCCCUCGUGCUAGGGGUGCAGAAAGCUUGUUUGACCAUGCCAUGUUUCUAAUCUGUGCAUCCUCAAAUGUGAUGGUUGCUUUGUAGAAAAUGUUUGCAAAACCAUUGAAGAACUCCGAUAAGGCCAUGCUCUAAAGUAUUUACUUAAGGAAUAUAAUUUAGCUAGAAUUUUAGGACGUUUGGUUAGCAUAGUCCUUAAAAUAUUUACACAGGUCACGUCUUAAAACUGCAUUCCAAAAUAUAAAUAGGUAGUUUUCCUUGAGGUAAUGAUCCCCUCACUUGUAGUGGACGAUGGAGCUUGUCCUGUGAAGAUGGGCUUAUUAUAGAAGGGUAUAUUUAAUCCUUAUUUUUACACAGUAAUAAUAGCAAGGUUGUGAGAUUUUGCCUGUGCGUGCUCUUCAUUAGUCCCAGUUUACUGAAAUAACAGAAAAGGCACAUAUCGGAAGAGCCGAUUGCUGGGAAGAGGAAAGGUUGGUGUGGUAGUUACACUGGUGGGCGAGCGUCACACAGGAUUCCUGAGCAGAAUGCAGAGCUUGUAAUGUCAUUGUUCAAGUGAAAGCUCUGUUUUCAUGUCAGAAUUCAUUGUCUACAAAAUGAGACCAUCCUGACUACAGCUUAAAACCCUGGCUUCUCGUCCACACCCUCGAUCACCCCAUGGCCACGGGUGGUGCUUCUCUACCUUGAGUCAACUUGGGAGAUACUCGGCUGUGGCACUGGGCUGUUUGGAAAGAGUUAUCCACUCACACUGUCUUAAGCCAGUUAAGUGAUCUGUGCCUUACUGUAACAAGCAAAAACAGCGACUUUAUGUUAAAAAGAAAAAACAAAAGUGUACACAUUCUUAAAUGUCCAGAGAACUGGGGUCAUGUGGGUGCUUCACACCAUUAAAACCUUGAGCAUUGGAAGUUGGCUUUUAAAUGAGACUUCCCAGUAUUAUGAUGGAGACAGUAUUAAAAAUAAGAGAGCAUCAGGUGAACUCCGAAAUUAAAACAAAACAAAACAAACAAACAAACAAACAAAACCCAGGAGUAUCUUUUGCUUUGCCCAAACCAAACUAAAUAUGAGUUCCCUGCUAUUGAGAAUAAAUGUUUCUGCUUGCGUUGUCAUUUUAGACACUGAGCACCAACAAAUUGGAGCUCCCAAAAUAAAUAUUUCUAAGAAGCUGCUUCUGCUCUCUAGAUAAGAGGCUUGAGUAAGUCACAGCGCUGGCCCCGCAUCUCGUGCUUUAUACACCUCUAAAGCGAACUCCAAGCUGUGACUUGUCUUGAGUCUCCCUCAGGCUUUGCAUCUGUGGCAGGUCAGGGGCUAAAGAUAGAAGGACAAAUGCUGGAGCUGCAGUUUUGUUAAAGUGCAGAUGCUGCCGGGUAAAAUACAUCGGUGAUCACCUAGUCUCGCCUAUCUUACCUAUCAGAUUAUGGCAUGCAUACUUUUCCAAUUCAAAGUUAGUAACUCCUUCACUGAGAAAAUAUUUAUUGACUUUUUGUACCAGUCAACAGUAAGGUAUAAUAAUUAAGGAUGUAAGGGUACAGGAGGAAACAAUUACUUAGCUCUGGGGAAUCAAAUUAAAAGGGAAAGGAAUUGCAGGUAUUAAAAUAAUAAUUGAUAAUAAUAAUAAAAUACAGUAAGGAUGUAUUUGCUUAGGUGGUACUCACUGAAGAAUCAACACUGAGAGAUGCUUUUUAAAAACAGCUGCUUUAUUUAAAGUAUGUUCAAACUGCCUAAAUGUUAGCUCUUUUAGUAAUUAUGUGAGUCACUCACAAGAAUGCUGCUAAGAUUCCACUUUAAAUGGCAGAUUUAGAGGCACUGCUUGGCUGAGUCCUUGCUUUGACCACCCCACACCAUGAGCCAUCCCUUGGCAGUAUUGAUGGCCACUUCCCCCAGUUCAGGAGUAACUUAGGGUAUGUAAAGGAGGAGCCCAGUCAUGUUGAUGGGAGUCCAGAUUUUGCAUUAAAAAAAAAUUCUUGGUAGCAGCAUUUUCUAGGUAGCCUUUUUCUUCUUAGCUAAAGGCGUGACUGUUAUUAAGAUCCUAUGAUGAUAUCCAAUGGUGUGACCCAGGAAUACCCAUGAAGUAGUUGUUGGUUAAACAAAAGGAAGAUUCCUGGUCAACAGCAGAUGACUGCGGACAUUCUCGCAAUCAACAGCCCUUCAUUCUCCGCUCAGAUUUCCAGGGCAAGUUCAUCAAUUCUAUGAGCAAAUCACCUCCUGAGAACUCCACUGCUUGGUGUCUUUGAUGUCAAUAGGUCUUCAAUCUGAAAAGAUAUUAGAAAAUCAGAAUAAAAAUUCAAACUGUAAAAUGAACCCCUAAAUGUAGGAUCUCCCCAAGCCUCUCUUAAUGUGGUAGUCACUUUUUUAGUAGUCUAGUUCUCUGUGAGCAUUUCCCCACGCUGAGCCCAGAGUCCUAUUAGUGUCUGUUUUUUAAAGCUUCAAGGACUAGAAAGGCUUUGCAACAGCCUUUCUAGGAUUUGUUUAUAAAAUAGGGGAAUUAUAUAUAUUGAAACAGAAAUAUUUUAUUUUGAAACAUAGGAUUUUGUGCAAUAUUUUUCCUGCAUUGUUUAGUUUAUAUAAAUAUGCACAUCUGCUUUUCUGGCAGAUGCCUUAAGGUCAUGUCUUUCAGUAUUUGCCUAAAACUGUAUGUAGCAAUGUUCUAUGUGAUUUCAGAGAAAUUACUCUUUCUAUUAUUAGCAGAAGUGUUCUUGUUUAUUUAAAAUAAUUGUGGAGAUUGCUUUAUUGUAUCAUAACUAACUGCCUCAGCCACAAUAAAUAUGCAAUAAGAAAAUCAUGUUCCUCUGAUUAGUAUUGACAAUACUGUUACUGCAACAGAAAUGUCUAUGGUACAGAGUGCUGGUUCUAUCUGUGUUCAUUUCACGGCUACUCUGCAGCACAUGAAUCUAAGCGGUAUAUUUAUGUGAUUACCAUGUCUGUAGAUUAUGACAUCCUUUGUGAUGAGUCUUUGUUGAGGCUUAUAAAGGGCAUUGCCAAUACUUUUUGACUGUAAAUUAAUUUUUUGUAUGAUGUAUAGUUUGUUUAGCCUUAGAGCUUCUAUAGAUUUCUACCUUUAUUAUACUUGAAUGAGGCAGAAAGCACUGUGGGCAGUUUGUAACUCUGGAUGCAAAAUGCAGAUAUACCAAAAAUAAAACAAGGUACUGAGCCGCAGCGCUGGCAGAUGUUUUAUAAUCCAGGAGUCCGUGUUUCUCAAGCCAUAUUUUAGUGAAAUGAAGUGACUGAAGAUGUACAACCUUUUAUCUAGACGGUUUAGUCUCAGAUGAUUACCUCUUCGAUGUGUCAAAGGUGUGUGUCCUUUUUAACUUCUGUAUCAGUCCUUAGAUGAGCCUUGAGGACCGUCCUUCCUACCUUCUCGGACCAGGUGAUGUCUAGGACAGAACAAAUCAACUACAUUGUGCGUAUUAGAUGCACUGUCUGUGUGAAGUCACUAUGUUUUAGAUAGAGUAGCUUUCAUAGGUAAUUUUAAGAACUCUUUAAUAAUCAUAUACCAAAAACUAAAACCUAAAUUUUUAAAAUCAGUGAUUACUUAGCUGUGCCUAAAAACUCUUAGACAUAAAGGCCACCUGAGGGACUCAGGAUUUAAUGUUUCCAAAGUUUGUGUUGAUUCCUUUAGCUGAAGAGUUGUUUGCUCAACAUACAACCAGUAGCUCAAAAAAAAGAACCAAAAAAAAACAAAACUAAGCAAAACAAAACAAAUAUUCGUGAGCAGCGAGACAGUGAGACCUGCUUCACUGUCUUGCCCUUGUGGCUACAGUUGAUCAUCUCCAAACUUGAUUACUAUUGGGAGGAUGUUCUGUACAAAAGGAUUGCUUGGGAGUUUUUUAAUAUGCAAAAUAAAAUGUUGAAUGAACUCUGCUUUGCCAUAAAGUACCCAACAAUGUCGUUGAAAAUAAAAUUGGUCACAAUCAA